UUUACCAAACUGCCCCUCAAUGCGUUUUAGCUCGUCAUCGUCCCCGCUCGUUCCAGAACAUUUCCGUGAUCUUCGUAGAAUCAUAGUCGUUCGAUGAUGAGGUGAACAAGUAUGGAGGAGAAUAGGGAAGCGAAUUAUACUGCGGCUUCUGAGGUUGGUUGGUAUAUACUUGGGGAGAAUCAAGAACAUGUUGGUCCAUACGCAUUCUCUGAGUUGCAAGAGCAUUUUGUAAAUGGGUACCUCAAUGAGAACACGUUGCUCUGGUCGGAAGGGAGAAGUAGCUGGAUGCCAUUAUCCUCAAUUCCUGAGCUAUAUAUAGGGAUUUCAGCUCAAACAGCUAAUCGUCCUACCGAAGAUGCGGAAGAAAACAACGAUGAUUUUGUGAAAUGGCAGAAAGAGGUGUUAGAGGCUGAGGCCGAGGCUGAGGCCCUGAAAGGUGGAAAUAUUGAGGGUGAGGGAGGAGGGACAGAAGCGGGUCUCAAUGAUAGACCGGCGACCCCACCAGAUGGUGAGGAAGAAUUUACUGAUGAUGACGGAACUGUUUAUAAAUGGGAUCGUGGCGUCAGGGCGUGGGUUCCUCAAGAUAAUCCUUCAAGUAAGGGAGGUGAAUAUGGACUUGAAGAGAUGACUUUUGCACAUGAGGAGGAGGUAUUUCCAACUUCAGAGGUUCCUGAUCCCUCUGUGCCAGAGGAGAGCAAUGUUUUGAAUGAAAAAGCUGAAACAAAAUUGGAGAAGAAGCGGAAAUCAUCUGAGAAGCCAACUGAAAAGAAGGAAGCUAAUAACCCGCCAGAUAGCUGGUUUGAUUUGAAGGUCAAUACUCAUGUUUAUGUGACUGGGUUGCCUGAUGAUGUUACUGUCGAAGAAGUAGUGGAAGUAUUCUCUAAGUGUGGAAUUAUAAAGGAGGACCCUGAAACAAGGAAGCCUCGAGUGAAGGUAUACAUAGACAAAGAAACAGGUAGAAAGAAGGGUGAUGCACUUGUCACCUAUCUGAAGGAACCUUCCGUUGCUUUAGCAAUUCAAAUAUUGGAUGGCACUCCACUUCGUCCUGGUGGAAAGAUUCCCAUGUCUGUAAGCCAAGCUAAAUUUGAACAAAAAGGUGAGAAAUUUAUAGCGAGGAAGGCUGAUAAGCAUAAGAAAAAGAAAAUAAAGAGAGUUGAAGAUAAAAUUCUUGGAUGGGGUGGGCAUGAUGAUGCGAAGGUGUCUAUUCCGACCACCAUUGUUUUAAGGAACAUGUUCGUUCCUGCUGAAUUGAGGAGUGAUGAAAGUCUUCUUCCAGAGCUAGAUGCAGAUGUUAGAGAGGAAUGCAUGAAGCUGGGUCCGGUUGAAAAUGUAAAGGUUAGUACAAUUCAUUUAAAUGUUUUUUAAUUAGGUUUGUGGCACGCUGGUUUA